GUCUUCCUGCAACAGGUGUCAGAGUUACCGCAUCCACAACUCAAGAGUUUCUGGACCGAUUUUUUUUACAUUCUUCUUUUUUUUUUUAAUUUCAAAACUAUUUUUAAAGAACAUUUUCUGACAUUUGUGUUCCUUUGGUGAAUAUAACACGUUCAAAGUCGGUGGAUUACGGAAACUGCUCUCAUUUUUCAGAACAACUAGAGGUCUUUACGGAAUUCUGUCUUCCCAAUUUCAAACCGAUAUUGUGAUAUAGUUGCGAACUUAAAGCUUACUUCGAGAAAAUGGCAAAUAAAGGAAUGCAGCUUCUGGGGUUUGCUCUGUCGAUUCUUGGUUUGAUUGGACUGAUUGUUGGCACAAUCUUGCCCCAAUGGAAGAUGUCUGCCUACGUUGGAGAUAAUAUAAUCACAGCGAUAGCGAUGUAUCAAGGCCUUUGGAUGUCGUGCGCUUCUCAGAGCACCGGGCAAAUCCAGUGCAAGGUGUAUGACUCCAUCCUACAACUCGAUGGCGCUCUCCAGGCAACUCGUGCCCUGAUGAUUGUAUCGAUCAUUGCCACCGUAAUGGGUCUGGGUGUGGCCAGCAUGGGCAUGAAGUGCACAAACUGUGGUGGUGAUGACAAGGUCAAAAAGUCUCGCAUUGCCAUGACAGGCGGUAUAAUCCUCAUAGUUGGAGCUCUCAGUAGCAUCGUUGCCUGUGGCUGGUUUACAAAUCAAAUUGUUCGGGACUUCUACAACCCUUUCACACCUGUCAAUACCAAGUACGAGUUUGGUGCAGCCAUUUUCAUUGCCUGGGCAGGCGCUUUCCUGGACAUAAUGGGUGGAGUCAUGUUGGCUGCAACUUGCCCAAAGGGUAAAGCAUCUCCCAAGUACCCAAAGUCCUCCAGACCACCAAGCAGCAGCAAGGAGUACGUUUGAGUCGCAUCUAUUGUUCACAAGCAGGAGAAGACCUUAAAGAAUUGCAGAGUCCUGGUAGAAGUUUCCCUGGCUAACUGACCUGAGAACUGUUUAGAUUUUUAUUUUUUAUUGUGAUUGAAAGUAGGCUUAGGAUAGAACAAACAAGUCAGAUCAAUGUUCUAGGGCAACUUUUACUGAUGCUCCGAUGUAGCAGCCCACCUCAGAUAAGAGGUCACUACUACUUUCUUUUGAUGUAAAGCACCAUUUUAGUCUUUUACAGUUUAUAUUACAAAUUAUGUUACUGAUGUGAGUUUGGAAAGAGGGGUCUUUCCCCAGUGUGUUCCUCAUUUCGUAAGACUGCCAUGUUUAGUGAACAUGAUGGAAGCAAUGCUCAGGGAAAAUAAAUACUCAUACCCCUUAGUUAUAGUGCAUCUCUGCUUCUUGCUGUACAGCCAUGUCCUAAUCUUCUCUGCUUUGCUUGCUGUGCACUAUCUUUGGAGUUAUUAAUUGUGCCAGACAGUAGGCUACAUGAAAAGAACAAUUUAAAUGUAUUACUUUUUUUUUUAAAGGUCAGAGUACCAAGGCAUAAACAGGUGAGCUCUUGCUCUUAGUCAUGCAAAUGUCUAGUUAAUUUGCUACAUGAUUUCAGUUUGGUCCAUGUGCCUCUAAAACUUCUCUAUUCAAACAAUACUUCAUUUAAACAAAUCAACAUCCUCUGUGGGAAGCUCCGCUCAUGAUAACACUUUUAACUGUGUUGUUGCAAAACAAUUAUUGAAAGGAAAAAGCUACACAUUUGUUCCUGUUGCCAGAGAGUUAAACUUAUCAUGCUGUAAUACCAACAUCAUGGAGAAAGAAAAAUAAAUGCAAAUUAGGCUGUUUGUCAUUAUCAGCUGAACUGCCCAAAGAUUUGUCUGACAAAUGAAAUGUUUUGUUACGACUAGAAAUACUCUCAUCAAAGCACUAAACUAUUCACAUUUUACAUGAGAUUCAUGGAUCAGUCAGUUUCUUUUACUGACAACAUGAUCAAUGCUUUUUUCACUUGUACUUUGUCAUGAGCAAUGUGCUUUACUUUUAUAUCUGUAAGAACAGUUUUUAAACCAAAGGAAUGGCUCUUAUUUUUUGUAAAGUUAAAAUUUUCAUUGCCUUUGUUCUCAAGUGUCGGCCUCAUUGUGUACAUUUAUGAAGCAAGUUACAAAUGUUUUCAAAGUGCCUCUUAUUUCAUACAGGAGAAAAAAAGGCUGUAGAUAUUUGCUUGGUUUUAUCACAGCUGGUUACAAACCAGGAGUCAUGUGGGUGAAGUAUCUUUUUUUAAUUCAAUUCUUUAGACCAGAAUUGGAAAAAAACUGAUCCUACAGUAUUUGACCCUGGUCAUGCUUCUUCCUCUUUCUUUUAUUACAAAAUUUCACUUUGUGCUUUGAUCACUUGAGGUGGGUUGCCCCUGUCUACUUAGAAUAGUCAUAUUAUUUUGUGACCAGACUAUGCAAAUAUUUAACUUUAAAAAAAAAAAAAAAAAAAAAAAAAGUUUGUUCAAGUUUGCAGAUUAACAAUUUUAUGUAAAUAAAAUUUUUUUUUUAAAUGA